AUGAGUUUUAUUAUUUUAGCCACGCACAAAUGUGUGACGGAGUUUAUAUAUAUCACUCCCUUACAUAACUCUUAAAUUUAAUCAAGUAAAUAAUCUAAUGGCCUAAUGACUAAUCCUGAUCCGUAUUAUUAUUGUAUUAUUAUCGUAUUGGCUAUUGUGCAUCACAAGUUACGCUCCGCUAUUCCAGACGGGGGAGCCGCUCUCUUUCUCCCGGCCACAGAGCAGCAUCAUCGCCUCGCCUCAUUGAACAAGGCAGGGAGAGGAGAGAAAUGCAAAGGGAUGUAAGAUGGCAGAACUACAAAUGUUGUUAGAGGACGAAAUCCCUGCCGGUAAACACGCUCUUGUCGAGAGCUACCAGAACCUUUCCCGGGUAGCGGAAUAUUGUGAAAACAACUAUGUCCAGGCUCAAGACAAGAGGAAGGCCCUGGAGGAGACCAAGUCGUACACCACCCAGUCUCUGGCGAGCGUGGCUUACCAAAUCAAUGCCUUAGCCAACAAUGUGCUCCAGCUACUGGACAUCCAGGCGUCGCAGCUACGACGCAUGGAGUCCUCCAUCAACCACAUCUCCCAGACAGUGGAUAUUCACAAGGAGAAAGUUGCCCGUCGUGAGAUUGGCAUCCUGACCACCAAUAAAAACACCUCCCGCACCCACAAGAUCAUCGCCCCGGGCAACAUGGAGCGGCCCGUGCGGUACAUUCGAAAACCAAUCGAUUACACACUGUUGGAUGAUGUGGGCCACGGAGUCAAAUGGCUUAAAGCCAAGCAAAAUGGGAACAAUGCUGCAGGACGAGGAGGAGGGACACUGUCUAGGACAAACCCACCAACCCAGAAACCCCCGAGCCCCCCAAUGGCCGGCCGCGGUACCUUGGGGAAUUUAAGGAUGGGUUCGACCUCCCUGGAAGACAGCAUUUUUUUUUUUUUUUGGUCUAGGCGCAACACCCCUUACAAAACGCUGGAGCCAGUGAAGCCUCCAGUGGUGCCCAAUGACUACAUGACAAGUCCAGCCCGACUGGGCAGCCAACAGAGCCCCGCACGUACAGCCUCCCUCAAUCAGAGGCCCCGGACACACAGUGGCAGCAGUGGCGGUAGCGGUGGCAGAGAGAACUGUGGAAGCAGUGGCGUGGGUGUCCCCUUGGCGGUCCCGACACCUUCUCCUCCCAGCAUGAGCCAAGCGGCGGCAUCUUCUGCCUCAGUGCCACAAGGUCCCGGGCUGGGUCCGAUCCCCAUGUCCCAGUUUGGCACCAUCUCUCGUCAGAUCUCACGUCAUAACUCUUCCACCACCUCCUCGGCCUCCAUGGUGUCAGCCACGGGGACGUAUCGCCGCGCUCCCUCUGUUUCUUCUCAGCAGCCUCAUAUUAACGGGGGCCCGGCAUUCUCACAGAAUUCAGUCUCUGUGGCUCCUCCGCCUCCCCCGAUGGUCCAGCUGACCCCACAGAUCCCUCUGACUGGCUUUGUGGCCAGAAUGCAGGAGAGCAUAACAGACAGCCCAGCCCCACCUCCUCCGCCUCCGCCCGAGGACAUGGGUGUGUUUGAGGAGCCCUCUCCCCCACCUCCUCCUCCUCCUGUCGACUAUGAAGAAGAGGAGGCCGCAGUUGUCCAUUACAGUGACCCCUAUGCCGAUGGAGAUCCUCACUGGGCCCCUAAGGCCUAUUUAGAGAAAGUUGUGGCCAUCUACGACUACAGCAAGGACAAAGAGGAUGAGCUGUCCUUUAUGGAAGGAGCCAUUAUUUAUAUUAUCAAGAAGAACGACGACGGCUGGUUCGAAGGCAUCUGUAACGGAGUCACCGGACUCUUCCCGGGAAACUACGUCGAGUCCAUCAUGCACUAUGCUGACUAGGGAAAAAUAAAAUAAAACACACCUAAAAUGGAUUCUAAGGUAAAACAAUGAAGGUGUACAGAUGAAUGCGGCUCUUGCAGCUCUCAUCUCUCAUUUUGAAUGAAGUGCCAUGGCAAAAUGUUUGGAAACGUACCAUUUUGGCUUGAGAAAAGCACAAUGGCUGCUGAAGCUUUUGGAAGAGCCAUUUCUGUAGUUUACAACAUGAAGGGAGGCGAUAAAAGCAUUUCAGCAGCAAUUUUUCAUUCCAAACUUCAACUAUUUGCCUCGUCAGACAUGAGAAGGCUGAAUAUUUUUAAAUGUUUGAGUUCAUAUGUUAGUGCAGCACAGCCAGUAUCAUAUUUGCAGUCCAGUUCUUCCACAAAGUGCUGCAUCACUGAGAGUGAAACUUACCGUUGUGUUGCUGUGCCCUCUUGCGCUGUAUACCCGCAGACUGGCCACGUGGUUCCCUCUACCUGAAAAUUCCACUCUACCCUAUCAAGAAAAAAAAAAACAAUCAUUAGCACACGACUGAAUGUCAAACUUGUUUUGUCGGACUCAAGCGAUAUUACAGAGGGAAGAAAGCAACAUUACUUUUUAGGGAUUUAUUAUGAUAUUACCUAAAACACUGAAAAUGGUUUAGUAGAUCUGCUGUGGUAAACAAAACCUCCUUUUAUUUCUGCCACUUUUAUUUUUUCGCGUGUGUAAACCUGAGCUUCUCCUUUUCCAUGAGUGGAAGGCUACAUACUGGCCACUCAAUCAAAGGACAGAUGCACCUAGCACACACAUUUUUCAAGCAGGAGGAAAUAAGACUAACCUGGAUAAAAACUCACAAAAGCACAGGAAGAACCCAAUACACAAAAGUCUGAGCCACAUUGAAGCCCAGAACUUUUUAUUGUGAGGCAGACAUACUAGCCACCUCUGUAACCGUGCCACUAAUGGAUAAAUAACAAUAAGUUAACAAAUCUUCUAAAAUGUACAAUACACGUUUUCUAAUGUUUUAGAUGAUAUUUGUGGGAUCCCUUUAAAAAUAUUCAACUGGGUGUAUGUAGAAUCCCAAAAUAUUCUGCUCUCUAACUUGUACAUAAAGUGUGACGUGAGAUGCUAACAGUACAGUAAAGUGCAUUUGUCUGCUUUUUUUCCCCUAGUGAAUUUCCAUUUGUUUCAAUGGAGGUGGUGCCAAGAGUAGAUUACAUAGUUUAAUUUGUUUCACUUGAGCAUGAAUUUUUUUUUCAUCGGUCCAACGUGUACCGUGGAAACCGUCAGUCAUCGCCACUGCAUAUUGCUAAUGUGCUGUCCAGACACUGUAGCAAAUUUGUUUCGUCUUCAAGUGUAUGUGUGCGUGAGAUCAUGUAUUUGCUCCUGUCGUUUUCUCUGACUGCAUCGGACUAGUCCAGAAUCUCACACAUACUUGUUUUCUGCUGGUGUGUGUGUGUGGUGCUUUAAUACAUCGGUGCUUAACAACAGUGAUCAUCAACCCAAACAACCUCGAAUCAGAAGAGAAAUGUAACAAGGUCGCCUUGUUUGUCUGUUUUUCUCCAGUGGGAGAACAAUCAGCCAUUUUGAUUGUAAUCGUCUCUGCAAUGCAGUGAAUGUAGUUACUGUAGGAGUGGCGUGAUUGACAACCAACAAACUGUAUGGACAGAAAUAUUGGAACACUUUUUUUUUUCCAAACUCUUCCCACCAGUUGGAUGUAUAGAGUUUCAGAACCAAGAGCUGAAAAAUGCCUGAGGUAGCUUGCUGUCUGAUGCUAUGAUACAAUCAUUUACGGCAGUCAACAUCAAUGAGUACACUUUUGAAAUUUAAUCUCAUGAAUUGGUUAUAUAGCAUUAGUCAAUAUGAAUGCACAAAAAUGACUGCAAUAAAUUACAUAUUUGGGGGAAAAAAACAAUUCAUAUGGUGUUUAAUAUUCUUCUAAAAAAAAAUUACGUUAUCACUGAAAUUGAUGAAAAUUUGACUUUUCAAAGGAUGUGUACACAUUUAUGUUGAGUACUGUUUAUCAAAGGGGCUUAUUCAGAAAAUGAACAUAAUCGGAAUGCCUUUUGCUAUUUUAAUGAAGAGCCCCCACCCCCCCAAAAAUAAAACAUGCUGCCGAUUCAGUAUUCAUUCAUUUACGUGCAUGAACGUUUGUAAACAUUUCCUGUGAAUACAUCUCAUUUAUGAUUGUACUUUUCCAUCAUGCGGUGACUCGCGUGGGGGAACUAAAAUGACUUUUCUAUGUAUUUCUAGCUUUGCAUUCCACUUGUUUUUACAUCCACUGUUGCUUUGGAGUAGCGAACAAACGUUUGCUCACACUUUGUAUGUAAAUGAUUUAUUUAUACUUUUUCAUAGAGAAAUCAUGGGUCAACCACUAAUGUGCAGAACUUUGUAAUGUUUAUCACAUAGCGUCAUUUCAGGGCAUCACAUGUCUGGAUGCCGAUUUCUUUUUUCUAUGUGUGUCUUUCGUAUGAUGGGGGAAAAAGAUUGGUAACUUAAGUGUUUACGAGAAGAAAACAGAAUAUUUGUCUUCUCUCAAUUUGUACAUAGGAUGUGUUCAUUGAAAUUCAUGUACAGUCUUUUUGUAAUAAACAAUUCAUUGAAAAAAAUA